AUGGCGAAAUUUGAGGACUGGGCAGAAGAGCCUCCUCUCCUACAUGAUGAAGUCAGCAGAUACUUGCAAGAACACUGUGUGAAGAGGGAGAUAUUCUACAGUGGUGGAAAAAUAACUCCCAACGACUUCCUCGACUUGCAUUUGAUCCGCGGCGGGUUCCAGCCGCGCCUUCCGACUUCGCUGCCGCCCCCAGGGCAGCAGCAGCGGCCGUCGCCGCUACCACGCCGACAGCCCGUCCCGUUGAUGCCUCCCGCGCAGCUUCCUCCGGGAGCGCCCCCGGUGGUCGCUCUGGCGCCUGCGGUCCCUCUUCAGUCGCCACCGCCUUCGGAGCUGAUGGACGUCGACCCCUCAGCCGGGCCGCCUUCCCACGCGGUGGCUGUGCAGCCUGUCCUGCAGCCGCUUUCCUUGGGCACCCCCAAGGAGUCUGACACCGCAGCGCCUUGUCCGGCGCCCACUCAGCAGCCGUCGACGCAGCGUCAGGAGACGCUGCCUCUCUUCGUGGGUCCCGACGCCCCGUCGCGUCCAGUACCAGAAGCUGCGCCCGUGGUCACAGGGGUGCGCGAGCAAGAACGAAGCCGCGAGCGCACGCACCAUCGCGACCUGCCACGGCGAGCGUCCAGCGAGUACCUGCUGGACGAGGAGGGGGCGCGGUCGGUGUCUGUGACAGACAUCCGCGCGCCCGCGGAGGACCUUUGGAGGGACCGCAGCACAGUCCUGGAACGACACGGCUUCGUCCCGGAGGAGGUCAUCGGAUCCGGCUCCUACGCUGUCGUCAAGAAGGCACACUCGCUGAAGUACAACAGGGAUGUGGCGAUCAAGAUAAUCUCCAAGUUCUACGCUCCUUCUGACUAUAUGAGGAGGUUCCUGCCGAGGGAAAUCGGAGUGGUACAGAACUUGAAGCACAAGAAUAUGGUCAGAUUCCUGCACGCCAUUGAGACGACUCAUCGGAUCUACAUCGUGAUGGAGUUCGCGCCGAACGGCAGUCUGCUGGACGUGAUCCAGAAGGACGGACACAUCGACGAGGUGCGCAGCCGCCACUGGUUCGGGCAGCUGGUUGACGUCGUCUCCUACAUCCACAGCAAGCGCGUUGUCCACAGGGACAUCAAGUGCGAGAACCUGCUGAUGGACGCCGAGAUGAACGUGAAGCUGUCCGACUUCGGGUUCGCGCGGCGCUUCACGCCGCCGUCCAAGGACGGCCCCGGCAGCCCGCUCAGCGAGACCUUCUGCGGCAGCUACGCCUACGCCGCCCCCGAGAUCCUCAAGGGCAGGCCCUACCGGCCCGACCUCAGCGACAUCUGGUCCAUGGGCGUCGUGCUCUACGCCAUGGUCUUCGGGCGCCUGCCCUUCGACGACUCCAACUACACCAAGCUUCUCAAGCAAGUGCAGAGCCGGGUGGUGUUCCCCAAGGAGCCGCAGGUGUCCUCGGCGUGCAGGCUGCUCAUCACGCGCAUCCUGGCGCCCAUUGUGAGCCGCGCGCGCCUGCCCUCCAUCAGGGACGACCCCUGGAUGGCCUUGGGCGGCGAGCGCGGUGCCUCCACAUCUUCCGAGGACGGAUCCCAGCCUGUGAAAAAUAAAAAGAGCCUAGAAAUACAUCUACGAGGGGCGUUUAACAAGUAA